GGCUCAUGGAAAUGCACAAGGGGAAGGGCUGAAGGAGGAUGCUGCCCCUGAGACUGGUUUUGUAAAGGAACCUGACUUUUCUAGACCAGACUACUGAGUUGUCAUCUCAGAAGUGGUGUUACAACACCUUUGGUUCAAGUAACCUCAGCGGAAGUAUUAAGUGGUACAAACUGAAGUUUACUGGCUCUAGGUCACCUGUCAAACCUGGGAGAAAAUCCCCUUCCUAUGUCUUGGAUCUCUAUGAAAAGUACUCUCAGGUUUAUCUAGAAAUAAACACUCUACUACUAAGAGUACUAGUAGUAGUACUAGUACUUAGUACUGCUAAGUAUAAUGUCGAUUGGGGGAAUAAUGUAAAAGGCACAAUUUAUUUAAGUUUUCACUUCAUUUAAUGAAUUACGCUGAAUUCAAAAAGCAGUGAAUUCAGAGGUAACUUGGAAAAACACAUAUUCUCAGAUCAUCUUGGGGUUUUUUCUAAUGAUAAAAUUUACUUACAUUUCUCCAUACAUAGAAUAAUACAAGAAAUGUGAGGUGCAGGAAAACUGGGAUACUUUCUAGAAGUAUAAUACUGAAAUAAUAAGAGAAAUCCCAAGACCUAGCUUGCACAGCUAUCACAGAAUACAGCUGCUUAUUAGGGCCUUAUUCACAUUGCUUAACCCUAUAGAAACAACCCUACUUGUGUAUUUUCAGCACUUAGAGAGCCAAUCGGAAAAAGGACACUGAACCCAAAACUUCUCUUUUGGGCUUCAGAAGAAAUUUCCUUUAUGCCAUCUGAACAUGGUCAUCCAACCCAGGAAAAUGUGGUUGCUAAAUUUUCAUUUUAGAGUUCACUGUCAGAUAUGUCUCAAACUGAAGGGCAACCAUCAUCUUUUUUCAACAUGUCAAUAAAUUCCUCAGUGGAAAGGUGAUGAAAGGAAAAGCAAGGAGUCUACUGAGGUGGAACACCACUCAUUGAGCAAUAGAAAAACUGAUACUCAUUACAGUCAGCUCAGUGUAACUUAUCAGGCCCUCAAUGACAAACAUUAAAACAAGUGAUUUCCUGAGAACCUGCACCCUUUGCCACCCCUCUUUUUGGAGGAGUGCUUAGGCUGUCGUCAUCAAAUGGGGUCACAUCCUGGAUAAAUCCAGAAGAGCGGAUUGAUGGAGCAGAGGGGGAUGAGAACGGAAUUGGCAAGAAUGGUAGAAAGGACUGUGCCUGUCAGAAACUCUGCUUUGCUCUCUCUGAAGAAGGUUGAAUCCAAAAUCCCUGUGACAAAGGUGAGAAGAUGCUAAAGACAUCGUAUUUUGUCCUGCUCUGUUGGCUGUCCUUGCAGCUUGAAGCUAAUCCUGGUCUUAAAGUGAGGAUUACUCAGAAGGGGCUGGACUAUGGUAUGAGACAAUCUGAGGUAAAGGUGAUGACCAAAAAUUUUCCAGGCUAUCCACAUUGCAGGAGGAUUGGGAUGGAGCUCGUGAAGCAAGCAGUAUUGAAAGAGACCUUCCCAAGCUGGAGUGGGCAGGAGAGUUUGUCAGUUGUUAAGGUCAACUAUGUAAUUUCCAGGCUUAGAAUUAAUGCUGUAGAUUUCCCAGAAACUUCUGCUUCUUUUAUUCCUGGCACUGGCAUUUGUCUGUCAGUGGCACGGGCUUCUGCUACAAUCAGUGCAGACUGGAGAAUGAACGCAUGGCUGCUUAAAGGCAAAGGAGAAAUUACUGUGUCCAUCUCAGGACUGUUUAUUUCCAUUAUCUUCAAUGUGUCACGGGAUAGCACAGGCCACUUGUCCACGUUGCUACACAAUUGCCAGCUGAGCAUUGGCAGUGUAAAAGUCAAGUUAAGUGGAAGAUCUAGCUGGAUCUACAGCUUUCUAUCUGGUUAUCUUGAGAAGCCCAUUCACACCAAAUUGGAUAAAAAUCUAUGUCUAAAUAUCAAAUACAAAAUCCAAAUGAUGGAUGCACAGCUUAGAAAGCAUAAGGUCUUAAGCCAGAUUGACACCUUUGCACAAGUAGACUAUUCCCUACUUAGCUCUCCAGCAGUCUUCAAAUCACACAUUAACUUGGAUUUGAAGGGCACAGUCUAUCCAGUAGGUAAUCACACAGACCCUCCCUUUAUGCCAGCUCCAUUUGCUCUCCCAAACCAGGGUGAUUCCAUGAUAUACCUGGGAGUCUCCAAUUAUUUUCUAAAGUCUGCUUCACUGGCUUACUACAGAGCAGGGGCCUUUAACAUCACCAUCUCUGAAGAGCUUGCUACUACUUUUAGCUUAAAUACCUCCCUACUCAAAUAUUUUGUCUCUGAGAUGUCUCUGAGUCAGGCAGCAGCGUGCCCAGUGCUGCUGAAGCUGAUGGCCACAUUACCUCCUGCAGUCAGUUUAAACGCAGACAGAUGUGUCCUUCAGAUCACUGGCUCUGUAGAAGUCUUUGCUGCUCUGCCAAAUUCAACCACCCAGUACAUCUUUACAGGGAAUCUGACAGCCAGUACCAGAGCCAAUUUGACAAUAAUCAAACAGAAGUUGAUUAUCUCAUUACUUCUGAAGAGGUUCCAGUUCUCCCUACUGCACUCCAAUCUUAGCUUCCCUGAGCAGAAGUCAGUGGUGGAGAAUUUUCUGUCGUAUGCUUUACGGAGAGUAGUAAUCCCAGUAAUCAAUGAUAAACUAGGAAAAGGAUUUCCUCUUCUUAACUUGGCCCACACUAGCCUGACUGGACCUGCAAUAAAAAUGAAUCAGGGUCAUCUGGUUAUUUCCACUGAUGUUCACUACCAACCAGAGGAUAGGGAAGAUGAGGACCUCCACAGCCACUCCUGAUGUCUUUUUACUUCUAAAGAAUAAUAAGAGAAAAAUGUAGUUUUCCUUCUGUUGGCUUGUAGGGAGUAGAUGCUAUAACAUUAGAAGCAUAGCUUUUCAUCACUAUUUUUAGUCUUUUAGUAAAACUUUUUAAGCACUUUUCACAAAGUGAAUGUGUUGGGUUUUAGUACAGUGAGUGUAGCUAACUGUUAUUGAUGCUUUGGAAAACUUGUUGCAGCCUGAUCUGAAGCAGCAACUGGUUCUUUUCAGUAGAGUUACAGACACCACAUUUUGUUAAUUUUAGGAACAAGUUCUUUCAUUAUUCAAUUUAUCUCCAUUAGCAUUAGCAAAAUUUUGUGUAUGGAGUGAGAUCUUAUUCUUUGUAAGCGUUUCACAAUUUGUCCCUUUGUAACUGGAUACCGAGAGUGGGAAGAAAUUUAUAAAAUGCAGUUAAUUGCCAUAUAGUUAUAGAAUCAUAUAAUCUAGUCCAGACACUGGCUCAAAACAGGACUAAUUAUAUGAGGUUAUUGAGCACUGUGUCCAGUAAAGUCUUGAACGCCUUCAAGGAUGGAUAUUCCAGAGUCUCUCCAGGCAAUCUGUUCCACUGCUUAACUCCCUUCAGAAUAAUUUUUUUUCCUAAUAUCAAAUCAACAUUUCCCAUGUUCCAGCUUGUUCUAUGGCCUUUUGUACUUUCACCACACACUUCCAAGAUAGACUGACUCCAUUUUCUCUGUAGUCUCUGAUCAAAACAUUGCAGGCAACAAAAUGGCCUUUCAAGCCCUCUCUUCUACAAGCUGAACAGGCCUAAUCUCUCAGACUCUCCUUGUAGUUCACGUUCUCAAGCCUCCUUGAGAACCUGCACCUGCUGGUUCAGUCCAGAGGACAAGCCUUGCUAGUAAAAGCAGCCUUUUCUGUAUUUUUUGUCACUAGUCCCCCCAUUUCUUCUGCUAUAAAUGUACUUAGGGAAACCUUUCCUGUUGCACUUUGGCUUUCCUGACUUUAUUCCUAUAUGUGCAAACAAGAUCUUUGUGUUCCUUCCAAGUAUCUGGUCUCAAUUUCCAUCUUCUGUAUGCUUCCUUUUUGUGUUUGAGCUCACUCAGGAGCUCCAAGUUCAUCCAUCAUGGCUUUCUGCCACAAUUGCUCAACUGUCUGAACACUGUAAUGGACUAUUCGUAUGCUCUGAGGCGGCUGCCCUUGAAGAUUAGCCAGCUCUUCUGGGCCUCUGCUCUCCAGGGCAAUUUCCCACAGAUCCUGCCAAGCAGGUCCCUGUAAUCUUCUCAUCUGAAGUCUAUGGUUGUAAUUCUGUUCUUUGUCUUGCUGCUCCUCUCAGGAUCUGAAAAUCCACACUUUCAUGCUCACUGCAGCCAAGGCUGUCCUUGGCUUCUCUGUCAUCCAGCAGUUGUUCCUUGUUUGUGAGUCGCUGUACCUCUUUGAGGGUAUCAAUCUCCAAAUAAUUCCAUACUUCUAAUAUUUAUAAAAUGAAGCUGGUAGCUUUAUUUUGUCUUAUGUCAGUGUCAUCAGAGACACUCAACCAGGAGAUAUUGAGUGUGUGAAAAGAAAAACUAGUCUGCAAAUGUCUCACCACAGAAAGUUCAGUUCCAUCUUGGGACAGAAAUGUGGCUUCCAUAGUUUUAGCUGAAUCAGUUUAUUUAUCUAGCUGGCUGAUACAGUUUUUUAAUUAAAAAAAGCAUCCUGAAACCAAACAGCAGUAAAUCACAGCAUCUGAUUCAUUGUAUUCUGUAGUAGACUCAAAAGAAAUGAAGAUUUUUACUUAGUUUGGUGUCCUUCACUGAUAUCAGGAAAUUUGUUCUGCCAAUUUGGAGGACAAUUCAUGAGAUACAGAGGAAAAAGAAAACUGAAGCUCUGGUGUCUAUCUAUUUGCUCUUCCAAAGGGACACCCGCUUCAGGACUGACCAAGUACCAUGGGUCAAUGGACCUUUUCAGGCCAGAGUCAUGGCUUAGCACAACACUGUCUCUUAAGCUCUAGUCCUCUGGCUGUUCACAAAGUGAUGUAGUAAUUUCUCUGAGGACUAAACAGGAUGUCACAUAAAACAACAGUUCCCCCUGUAUAAUCCUACAGGUCACUAUACCAUUUUCGAUCUGGUGGUGUCUCCUGAUUGAUAGAACCAUGGAAAUGAUUCAUGUUCAUCAAUUUGCUGCAGAAUAGAGAGCAUGGAGAAAAGGGAGAAUUGGGGAGCAGGGAAAAGGGACCACUGGAGCACUGAGCCAGAGGCAGGGGCAGGAAACAUGCAAAACCAGUGAUCUGCAGAGAUAUAGCAACAAGUUUGUAGUAUUGCCAUACUGAUAACUUCAUUUGGUUUCUUGUGUAUUGGGUAAAAAGGGUUGAAACCUAUAUCCCCUUUAUCAUACACAUCAAAGAAAAUUCAGAGAAAGCUAAAAUAAAACACUCCUCUUAGAGGCUCUUUGUAACACCUUGAAGGGUGAAAAGUUUGGAUGUAGAAGCUAUUUGUAGUGUAUUUGAAUGUGCUAUCUGAAUGUGUCUGUAAGUAGACAGUUGCCUUUUAUUCCUAUACUUGUAGAAAGAAAUGACAGAACUGUUCUGGAAGCCUUAGUGUGUUUUUGUCAACUUUUGCUAAAAGUCUUAUCUAAACUGGGUGGUAUUCUAUUAGAAGAAUCAUAACAUGUUAGAAGGAUAUGAUGAGGAUAAGCUGACAUAGUUUUCAGACAAUUCAGUUGUUUGUACAUAUUGGAGAUCUGUGUGGAUGGAAACAAUGGAACUUUCCCUUGCUUUAUAGGAACAGCAGAACUUGUGCCAAAAGAACUUAUAGAGGUUUCUGUAACUGAUGGUGCAAAUGAUAUUCAUCAUCAGUUGCCAGAGAUAUAAAUAAUGAAAUUAUUAUGCAUGUGACUCCCUGCAGUGAAUGUUAAAUCUGUGUAAAUGUGAGUAUCUGUUGACUGACUGACAAGUGCCUCUACCUUUUCUAUUCAUGGAUUGCACAAUGAAGUGACUCAGAUUGUCCAGCAAAGUGCUCCAUGCCAGAGGGAAUUUGCUUAGUACAUGCAAGCUAAUUGAUUAAAUCACCUCCUUGACAAGCCAAGGAGUGCUGGUUAGCUGAAGUACCAGUUAACUGGAUAAGUAAGGACAAGAAAUAGAAAAUAUUGACUACAAGGACUUGAUACUAUAUAUUUGCACCAUAAAUGCACACUAUAGUGUCUGUGUUAUG